AUGACAGAGAAUACAGUGACCUAUGAUGAUGUGCAUGUCAACUUCACUUGGGAAGAAUGGAUUUUGCUGGAUCCUUCCCAGAAGAAUCUCUACAAAGAUGUGAUGGUGGAGACCUACAGAAACCUCACUACUAUAGGAUACAGUUGGGAAGACCAUAAUGUUGAAGAACAUUGUCAAAGUUCUAGAAGACAUGAAAGGUAUAUCAUAUGUUACUAUGGAUACAAGCCACAUGAGCAUAGGGAUGUGAAAAGAUACAGCAUACCUCUCUCUCAGAACAAACAGAAGAUAUGUAGCAGUCUCCAUGUUGAGUAUACUUGUAGAAUUUGA